GGCGGGGCCCGGCCUGUUCAGAUGGUGGUCCAGGCUCGAGUCCUUAAAUACCUGCUGUUCAUGCGGCAGAGCGGUGAAGAGGGACAGACGCUGCUCAGUCUGCGUGUGGGGAAGAAGGAUCAGGAGACAGCGUUGGCGACGGCGUUGUCCGACAGCCUCUGGUUGGCCGGCCAGGAGGCCAGCGCCACUGUUACCUUGGUAACCGAAGACUACUGCGUCACGCCUCACCUGGACUACAAACUGGACAACUUCACAGAAAGGCUGCAGCUGUUCACAUUCAGCCAGAAAGAAGACACCAGGAAGUUCAUCCUGGAGCACAUUCACUGUUUUAAAGACGAUGGGAGUCACGGAGUCAUCCUGUUUCUCUACAGCCUGGUCUGCUCCCGGACCGUAGACAGGCUGGAGGAAGAUCUGGACUCCAGUACGUCUCACCUGCUGUACCGGAGUCUGGGGACCUUCGUCUGCUGCCAGGCGCUGCUGAACCUGCUGCUGACAGGACGGGCGAGUCCCAACGUCUUUAACGGGACGCUGCUGUUCGGGGAGGACGGGUGUCCUCUGCAGCGCCCUCUGCAGGGCAUCGCCUCAUGCUGUGAUGUCGGAUACUUACACUGGAGCAGAGAGGAGAUGGAGAGAGGCCGACUGCUACAGGUGGGCAGCAUGCUGAAGACUCCCGUGUUCCCCGUCUGGCUCUGCUGUAUCAACAGCAGCUACUCGGUGGUGUUCGGUCUGAACCGCUCGCUGCUCUCUGAUUGGAAGAUGGAGCACCUGUUCCACCUGUACUACUACAGCGGCCAGAGCUCGCAGACGACCACGGCCAGGCUGACUGUUGAUACUCACUCUCACCACUGGGAGGCGCCAGCAGACGGAGACCCGGAGAAAAGGUUCCCGUCUCUGGAGAUGACCAUCAGGACCAAGUGGGCCGGAGCCGCGGUCGACUGGAGCGACCACGCCCCUUUCUACUGAAGACCCGCCCAUUUCUACUGAUCACAUGACAGGGAGAGAUUGUCCAAUCAGCAGGCAGCUGACAGACUGAAUCUGU